UUCUAGUCUUUGAUCACAUUUCAACUCUGUCUAGAAGCGGAAGGAGCGAGUUCGGCUUUCCGUCGGCAUCCACAUACAUUGCAUAUCUGUGCGGGAUUCCCUAACGCCAAAGCGGUUUUCGCGUUUCGUAUCUGCGGAGAAGAUUGUGGCCCAGGCAAGAAUCAAUCGAGGGUGUAACGCGUAUCGGUAUAUCUCAGACCGACAGAUUGUUCAGAUUAACAUUUACCCAGUUAAAAUGAGAGAGAUAUGGCCCAGCGUACUUUAUUUAGCACAGUUGAUAAGCACUGUUGCUUGCAACGCACCAACGGUGCCGUUAGAUGACAUCGUGAUAGAAAAGACUUUCGUCCCGGAGCACUGCGACAGAGCUGUGAAAGCCGGGGACUUCGUCAGGUACCAUUACAUCGGCAUGUUUCCCGACGGGAAAAAGUUCGACUCCAGCUAUGACAAAGGCUCAACCUACAAUGUGUUUGUGGGCAGAAGGCAGUUGAUUGAGGGCAUGGACAAGGCUCUUCUGGACAUGUGUGUGAACGAGAGGCGUCUGGUCAAGAUUCCACCACAGUUGGCCUAUGGAAAGGAUGGAUAUGGUGACAUCAUCCCACCUGACUCUGUGUUGCAUUUUGAUGUGCUGCUGCUGGAUAUCUGGAAUCCGCAGGACCAGGUCGAGGUGAAGACCAACUACAAGCCUGAGACGUGUACCCGGACUGUAGAUGUGUCCGACUUUGUGCGGUACCACUACAAUGGCACACUGCUGGACGGUACACUCUUUGACUCUAGCCACACGCGUCUGCGUACGUAUGACACCUACGUGGGCAUUGGUUGGCUCAUUGCCGGCAUGGACAAGGGACUGCUGGGUAUGUGCGUGGGUGAGAAGCGCGUGAUCACCAUGCCGCCUUUCCUGGGCUAUGGCGAGAAUGGAGAUGGUGACAUCAUCCCACCUGACUCUGUGUUGCAUUUUGAUGUGCUGCUGCUGGAUAUCUGGAAUCCGCAGGACCAGGUCGAGGUGAAGACCAACUACAAGCCUGAGACGUGUACCCGGACUGUAGAUGUGUCCGACUUUGUGCGGUACCACUACAAUGGCACACUGCUGGACGGUACACUCUUUGACUCUAGCCACACGCGUCUGCGUACGUAUGACACCUACGUGGGCAUUGGUUGGCUCAUUGCCGGCAUGGACAAGGGACUGCUGGGAAUGUGCGUGGGUGAGAAGCGCGUGAUCACCAUGCCGCCUUUCCUGGGCUAUGGCGAGAAUGGAGAUGGCAGUGACAUCCCAGGCCAGGCCUCACUGGUCUUCGAUGUUGUUCUCCUGGACCUUCAUAACCCCAAGGAUGGCAUCAUGGUGCAGCCCCAAGUGGUACCUGAGACGUGCCCUCGCAAGAGUCAAGAGGGCGACUAUAUGAGGUACCACUACAAUGGCACCCUGUUGGACGGUACCUUCUUUGACUCCAGCUACUCCCGGAACAGCACCUAUAACACAUACAUUGGGAAAGGCUACGUGAUCGCAGGCAUGGAUGAGGGCCUACUGGGUGUGUGCAUUGGGGAGAGGAGGCGAAUUACCAUCCCACCACAUCUGGCCUAUGGCGAAGAGGGAACAGGCACCAGUAUUCCUGGUUCAGCAGUGCUGGUGUUUGACAUCCUUGUGGUGGACUUCCACAACCCCUCAGAUACAGUGCAGAUCAAUACCAGUUUCAGGCCCAAGGUCUGUGAUACACGUAGCAAGAAGGGCGACUUUGUCAAGUACCACUACAAUGCCAGCCUGAUGGACGGCACCUUCAUCGACUCCACGUAUCGCUAUGGGAAGACUUACAACAUAGUCCUGGGUGCAGGGCAAGUAGUGCUGGGGAUGGAGAUGGGCCUGCAGGACAUGUGUGUGGGUGAGAAACGCACACUGAUCAUCCCACCUCAUCUGGCCUAUGGCGAGAGGGGAGUCGAUGGGGAGGUCCCAGGCAGCGCUGUGCUGGCGUUCGACAUCGAGCUGAUUGACAUGGAAGAGGGGCUUCCCGAUGGCUACAUGUUUGUGUGGAAGGAGAACGUCUCCCCCAGUCUUUUUGCAGAGAUGGAUAAGAAUAAGGAUGCUAUAGUGGAAGCCACAGAGUUCUCGGACUACAUCCUGCAGCAGGUGAAUGAGGGUAAAGGUCGACUUGCCCCUGGCUUCGACCCGCACAGGAUCAUCGAGAACAUGUUCACCAACCAGGACCGCGAUGGCGAUGGCAAAAUUACGGAGAAUGAGUUCAAACUGAAGGCCGAUGAGCUACAAGAGCAUGAUGAACUUUAGGCAGCGACCAGGGUCCUGAAGCCACCGUUUUUAUUAGCCACAGCCAUGCUGAGAAUGUUCCAUCCUUCCCGGAUGCACAGGUAACACAGGACGCUGAACGGACAGUACAAAGAAUGUUUUUAGUUUCAGUCAAUUUUUAAAAACUUUUUCUUUUGUCCCCCCCCCCAGUUUUACGUAUGUAAAUAGGAUCUUUUUGUAUUUUUCUGUUGAGGUUGAUAUUUUUGCGGAUACCUUGCUGGACUAUGAACUAAGCAUAACAUUCUGGAACAUUCAAAGGCACAUUACCAUGGUUAAAUUGUCAAAGCAGCCCCCCAGACUUUAGCCCGGGUAAGCCUGUGCAUUAAAGCACCCCUAGGAAUAUUUCAAGAUUAGUGUGAUUUGGCUGACAAUCUGACAUGCGGAGCCAGUUUGAAUAGUUUGUUUAAAAAAUAUUGACUAGACCAGGAGUGUCAAUCUCCAGUCCUGGGGGGGCCGGAGCCCUGCACAGUUUUUGGUUUACCCUCAUUUAACACGCCUGAUUCAAUUCCUUGUGCUAAUUACCACACAGCUCUUGAGCUGAGUCAUUUGUGGUGGAACAGGGAAAGAACUAAGAUACACUGGGUUCCGGCCCCCCAGGACUGCAGUUUGACCCCCCUGGACUAGACAAUUACCUAGGGGCUACUUAAGGUGAUUCUUUUAAGUUGUGAGUUUGCAAGUGCGAUUACAAGUGUGUGUGUGUUCAUUUUGGUGGUGGGGGGGUUGCCUUCAUGGCUUUAAGUUUAAUUCUUUUAUACAUUGUUUGUCCUUUCCAUCUGUGGAAGUUUAAAGGACAAAAGGAAUUCAAAAUAGACACUCUGUAACCGGAGAUGAUUUCUUUAUUGAAUUUCUCAUGCAGGAGGUCCCCCAGACAAAGUCACCAUGCUUCAUACACGUGGGGAGUGGGUAGGUCCCCCAGACAAAGUCACCAUGCUUCGUACACGUGCGGAGUGGGUAGGUCCCCCAGACAAAGUCACCAUGCUUCGUACACGUGGGGAGUGGGUAGGUUGUUAUGCAACCCGUCACUCAUUUUUCUCCUAAGUCAUGUCACUAAAUCUGUUUUCAGUCCUCAAUCUCUAAAAAGUUGUUUCCAGCGCUAAUAUGAUGUUUAUGUGAUUCUUAUAAAAACCGAAUUACAGGAAAUGUUUCUAUAUUUGCAUAACAGGAAAAAAUAGGAGCCAUCUGCUGACUCCUGGAUCACCAUAAGCUCCAAGGGCAGACACUCUUGUUCUCUCCCCUCCACACACACUGCAGAUUCCUGUGAGGGCAGCGCGACCCUUUUGGCUAAAUAGUCAAGUCAUGUUACUUAUUUGUAUAGCGCAUUUAAAAAUAGCAGGGGUUGGACCCAAAGUGCUUUCCAGUUGAUGGCAAAAUGGAUUAACAAGUAUUACAUAGAUAGUAAUAUGUAAGAACAACAACAUGAAAACAUGUAUACGAAAAAUAAGAUUUAGAUUUAAAAAAUUAAUGAAAUGUAAUACAACAAAGAGGAAAAAAACGUAAAAGGACAAUUAAAAAUUUGUAUUAUUAACGUGAAUUAAAAGUAAAUUAAGAGUGGACUUGAUAAAAUGACAUCAAUAGUACAGCAGGACUUUAUGUUGGAUGGGAGACUGUUCCAGUCUUGGGGGUGGGGGGGGGGGGGGGUUACAGAGAGAGCCUGGUCACCUUUGGUUUUGAGAGGUGAGUGGAGGACUCAGAGAAAUUGUGAUGACCUAAGUGGCUGGGGGACAGUAUAUGGAAUUAGCAGGUCGGAAAUGUAUCAUGGGGCUAAAGCAUUGAUCACUUUAAAAACAAACGGCAAAAUUUUUAAAUCAGUUCUGUAUUUCACAGGUAACCAAUGCAAGUGAGCUUGAAUAGGAGUGAUACUCGCUAAAUGCUCUAGUAUAUUGUCCCAAUAGGUAAGAGAUUACAUGGUAGAUCCAAAAAAAGUUACUGAGUAAAACGAUAUAAAAGCAGUUCCUUUAAUAAAUGCAUAAUUGAAUAUUGGUAUGAAUAUUGUUCCCCACCCCACAGGACCAGGGACAUAUGCUUUUUACUGGUUAAUAUGUUCUCUGAUGCUGAUGGGCAGUUUCCAGUUGUUCCCAUCUCUUGGUACAUCCACAAUGUUCUUUCCCCCAGCAAGCUGCUCCUGCAGCUUUCCCCAGUUCCUGACUGGGCAGGGACAUUCACAAAUACACAUAUCGACAAGCCAAGGCCUGACCACAGUCCCAUCAUGCACUUCUUCUCCAGCAGGCCUUCUUUCCUGGUCUCCAGUUUUUCUACCACACAACACCUCCGACUAUUGGUUUCAAAAACCAGUUGUGACUUAGCCAAAUCAAGGUUGAUUCAAGACUUUUACUGAGGCUAAGGGCAGUGAAAGAGUAGAGUCUCCACAACAAUGCUGCUGUGUACUCAGUCACCUGGAGCGCAUGAUUUACGGGUGAAAGAUAUGCUGCGUGAGUCUGGUGUACUGAAUAUCAGUAUAUGGACUGAAAAACAGUGUUCUUAUAUAGAAGUAAAUUAUAUGAGUUGACUUACCCAUUUUUUACCAGUGUGUAUGUGGUUUUAAUAAAUAAAUGAUUGUGGCUCUGAA